AUGAAUUACCAGACCCUUAGUAUGGCAGGCAAUGCCUCCGAGUCACAGCAUCAGGGGAUAGAUGAUCAAAUCUCCCCUGGCCAGCACCCAGGCGAGCCAGACAGUGUCGCACCGACUCCGCACGCGACAACUACCUCCGCACAGAGCUUCACACCCCGCUCGCUCAUUGUCGGCCUCAUCAUUGGAGCCCUAAUCACCUUUUCAAACACAUAUUUUGGCCUUCAGACAGGAUGGAUCAGUACGAUGGCCAUGCCUUCAGCCUUGAUCGGCUUCUCGGUCUUCAAGGUGUUGUCUAAGCAGCUAUCUUUCCCGUUUACGCCAAUCGAGAACGUCCUGAUCCAAACCGUCGCCGGGGCCGUGGGAACUAUGCCACUCGGAUGUGGAUUUGUCGGGGUAAUUCCUGCCUUGGAGUUCCUAUUGAAAGACGGUGAAGAUGGGCCGACGGGUGAUGGUGGAGAUGGCGAGGGCGGGCCCCUCAAGCUCGGGUUCUGGAAACUGGUGGUUUGGAGUCUUGGGGUUUGCUUGUUCGGUGUAGUGUUUGCUGUACCACUACGUAAGGAGGUUAUAGUUCGUGAGAAGUUGCGGUUCCCAAGUGGCACUGCGUCUGCGUUGAUGCUUCGGGUUCUCCAUGGCGCCGGGAAAGAUGAAAAAGUUCCAGUGGAAGCCCAAGACCGCCCUAUUGAGCUGGCUCAGGAGCGUGCGGUGCCUGUGCCGUCCGCGGAAGCAGAGGGACAUCGCCUAUUGAAGGACGGAGAGGCUGAAGAUCAGGCAACUGAUCAAAAGGAUUGGCGGUCGAAGAUGCGGCUGCUCAUCGGUGCAUUUGUAGUCUCCGGAAUUUAUACUUUUUUCUCUUACUUCGUUCCACUUGUCCGUGACAUUCCAUUAUUUGGACUGGGCCUUGCCCAUAAUUGGCUCUGGACUCUCAACCCAUCUCCGGCGUACAUUGGCCAAGGAAUCAUCAUGGGCCCCUCAACAUGCAUGCAUAUGCUUUUUGGAGCAAUUUUGGGGUGGGGUAUCCUCUCUCCUCUUGCCAAGGCCCGUGGAUGGGCUCCUGGGCCCGUGGACAGCUGGGACGAUGGAAGCAAAGCGUGGAUCGUUUGGAUAUCACUGGCGAUUAUGCUUGCUGAUUCCCUCGUCAGCCUCGGCUGGCUAGUCGUCAGACCCUUGGUAAACCAUGCUCCCGGAUGGAUAGCUUGGUUCCGCUCCACUCGACUAGGCAGGUGGAUCGCCUUUCGGCUGCAAUCACAAUCUCACGACCGCUCCUAUGUAAAUUAUUCCGCUCUCAACCCUGGUCAGGAUCACGAGAACGAGAACCAUGACCCCCACUCCGUCUCAAUCGCGGCGGAGCCGGAGGAAGAAGAUGCCCCGGCAUCUCAGCUCAUUUCGACGCGCACUGUGGUCAUCUUGCUACCUCUUACCCUGAUACUGAACGUCGUUUGCAUGCAUUUUGUUUUCGGCGACAUCAUCUCCCCACUACUAUCAAGUUUCGCCACACUCCUGGCAGUUCUCCUCUCAAUCAUGGGUGUCCGGGCCCUUGGCGAAACGGAUCUGAACCCAGUAUCUGGGAUCAGCAAGCUGACACAGCUUCUCUUCUCGCUUGUAACCCCAGCAUCCCAUUUCUCUCGACGCACAGCUUUGGUGACGAACCUCCUAGCAGGUGCAGUCUCCGAGUCUGGCGCACUACAAGCCGGUGACAUGAUGCAGGAUCUGAAAACAGGCCAUCUUCUCGGCGCGAGCCCCAAGGCCCAAUUCUACGGCCAGAUGAUCGGCAGUCUUUUCGGUGCAAUCCUCUCUACUGCGGUGUACAAGAUGUAUGUCAAUGUAUACGAGAUCCCGGGUGAAAUGUUCCAAACCCCGACGGCAUAUGUCUGGAUUUUCACUGCCCGACUCGUGACUGGUCAGGGAUUACCGGAUAUGGCAUGGCAGGCCUCGGCUAUCGCUGGUGUUAUCUGGAUGGGCCUCACAGCGGUCCGAAUCGCCGCUGCGUCUCCUUCAUUUGCAGUUGGCGGGAAGCCACCUGCAUGGAGAGAUUGGAUCCCUGGUGGAAUUGCCGUCGCCGUUGGUAUCUUCAAUGUCCCCUCUUUUACACUCGCGAGAGUUAUUGGUGGAAUCAUUGCUUGGUGGUGGGCUCGCAAGCACGCCUCGCCUGCUGAUGCAGAUCAUAAUGAGGGCCCCUCUGCACGACCAGAAUCUGUUGGUUCUACAUCUGGGCAAGAGGGAUCCGCUUUGGCUAAACAGGCAGCUGACAAGGCAGACGCAGCGUCUUCGACUGUCGUUGUCUUGGCCUCUGGUCUUAUCCUUGGCGAAGGCAUUGUGAGCAUUGUGAACCUCAUUCUUGCAAGUGCAAAGGUUCCUCAUCUUUAA